CUCUUUCUCCUCUCUUUCUCCCCUCGUUUCUUUCUGCAUUUCUCGUCGAGUCUUUCCACUGGCUCCGUCCCUUUCUGAGCUACAGGAAGGCGCCUUCGUCUUGUCAUUUGCCCAAGCGGGUCGUUGGCAGUUUCGGUCAGGUUUGUGGAGCCAGUCUGCCCUGGAAAGAGUUCCCUUAAAACAUUGUCCUCGAGAAACCAAGGCACUCCGCUUGUGGCUCCACCUUUGUUUCAACUCCAUCUCAACGCGUCCGUCCGGUUCGCUGUCCGUCGGUGUGCCUUUGCCAGCGACACCCUUCGCGUUCACCACUCUUUUCCAGAUCGCGUUGUCUGCUCUUUCGCUCGCGACUCACUCUUGCGGCAUCCUUCGCGGUCGUCUCUCAGCGUGUCUCAUAUUGCUCUGCACGCGGGUCUGCUGCCUCGAUUCCCUUGACAGCGGACUUUCGCAGCGACUCCCCCAUUUUGAGGAGAGGCUCUCGCCACGGCUUCUUUGUUUUUCUGCUGUUUCCCCGGGCGGCUGCAAGCAUGGAUUCGCGAAGAGACUACGGAGAAGGGAGAGGAGGCAGGGAUGGAAAAAGGUCGGGGUACGACUCUUACCACGGCGAAAGAGACAGAGGAGACAGGCGAGACGAGGACCGAGGCCGAAGCUCUAGGGAUGUGAGAGAUAAAGAAAGCUACUAUCGCUCUUCCGAUAGAGACAGGGAUCGUGGACGUUUCGGCAGAGAGGACUAUCGCGAGCGCGAGCGAGGCCGCGGGCGAGGAGACAGUUCUUACUCCAGCAGCGUGUCUGCCUCCCAUCGCCCCCACACGAGUUCGAGCUACGGCUACGCCGAUCCUUCUUCGUAUCACCAUGUGCACCCGCGUUCUUCUCGCAGCCGCUCUAGAGAGCGACGGGGGGAGAGAGAAAGCAGAAAUGCGCGCGUUUCCCCUCGCCCAAGCUCGACUGCAGACCGCGGCGGCGCAGGGAGAGACCGGCGCAGAAGGGGAGACGCCGAGAGAGAGAGAAGCAGUGACAGCAGCAUGGAUGGCAGCGACGACGAAGAGUUGUCGGAGGAGCAGCUUUUGCAGAAGCUGAUGGGCAUUGAAGGGUUCUCCUCCUCCAAGGGGCAGGACCACUCUGCGUCGAGCAUGUCAGGCGUGAACAAGAAAACCAAGCGAAAGUUCAGACAGUACAUGAACAGAAAGGGCGGCUUCAACCGACCCUUGUCGCCGAUAUUUUAGGUGGCGUUCUGUGGGGAAAGCCGCGGAGAACUGCAGAGAAAGCAGGGUGGACUGCGGGGAGAAGGCGCAGAAGCGUAGACACGGAAAACACUCGUUUUCCGUGGCGAUCCUGGAAACGACGGAGGGAACGGUUGCCGAGUUCUGAGGGUUGUGAACAGAGAGGUUGUCAAGCCGAGUUACAAGUCAUGCGAAAAAAGAAAAACGUUUGGCAGGAACCAGAGAGCGUGUGGAAACGAGAGCCGUCUUUUUCGCUGCUGCCGAUCUAGUUUCUCUCGACCUCUGGU